CUUCAAACCACUCUCUCUUGUUUCUCUCUCUAAAAUCUUGUUUCUCUCUCUAUAAUCCAGGGCGUUAAAGCGUCAGUUUUAGGGUUUCUAGCUACUGUCAUACCCCUUUUAGCCUUCUUCUUCAACUUUAGUUGUUGCCAGACUUUCAGAAUCGUGAGGCUUUACUAAGAAAUCUGACAAUGGAUCCCUCCGAACAAGCUCAUAAUGGGGAACAAGAGCAUAAUGGGGUUAAGGAGCCUGAACAAGAACAUAAUGGGGCUGCAGAUCCUUUGCCGCCUCCCCCGCCUGUUCCUCCAAAUGUUACUCCAAUCAAAGCCGAAUCAGAACAGGCAGUAAAAAAGGUUUUCCGUGCUCCAAUGGCUAGACGAGGCACGGGUACCAAGGGAAAUAAGGUUCCUAUUCUGACUAAUCACUUCAAAGUGAAUGUCUCCAAUGUUGAUGGGCACUUCUUUCAUUACAGUGUUGCCCUGGCCUAUGAAGAUGGCCAUCCUGUAGAUGGGAAAGGUAUCGGAAGAAAAGUGUUGGACAGAGUCCACCAAACUUAUGAUACUGAGUUGGCUGGCAAGGAAUUUGCCUAUGAUGGGGAGAAAAGCCUGUUUACUGUAGGCGCACUUCCGAGAAAUAAACUCGAGUUUACUGUUGUGCUUGAUGAUGUUACUUCAAAUAGGAACAAUGGAAAUGCUAGUCCUGGCGGACCUGGAAGUCCUAAUGAAAGUGACAAGAAAAGGUUCAGGCGACCAUAUCGAUCCAAAACUUAUAAAGUAGAGAUAAGUUUUGCUGCCAAAAUCCCCAUGCAGGCGAUUGCAAAUGCUUUACGCGGUCAGGAAUCUGAAAACUCCCAAGAAGCCUUGAGAGUUUUGGAUAUCAUUUUAAGGCAGCAUGCUGCAAAGAAGGGUUGCCUACUGGUUCGUCAAUCUUUCUUUGACAAUAACCCGAGGAAUUUCACUGAUGUUGGAGGAGGAGUUCUUGGCUGUCGUGGAUUCCACUCGAGUUUCCGAACCUCUCAGGGAGGUUUGUCUUUGAACAUAGACGUAUCUACGACUAUGAUAAUUCAGCCUGGUCCUGUGGUAGACUUUCUUAUAGCGAACCAAAAUGUGAAGGAUCCCUUUUCUAUCGACUGGGCAAAGGCAAAACGUGUCCUAAAGAAUUUGAGGAUAACUACGAGUCCUACUAACCAAGAGUACAAAAUUACUGGAUUAAGUGAGAGGCCUUGCAAAGAGCAAUUGUUCUCACUGAAGCAGAGAAACAAGGAUGAUGCUGGUGAAGCUCAAACCACUGAAGUGACUGUCUAUGAUUACUUUGUUAAUAGCCGCAAUAUUGAUUUGCGCUAUUCUGCCGAUUUACCUUGUAUCAAUGUUGGCAAGCCAAAACGUCCAACUUACUUCCCUAUUGAGCUAUGUUCCUUGGUGUCCUUGCAACGGUACACCAAAGCUCUCUCCACCUUUCAGAGAGCUUCCCUUGUGGAGAAGUCACGUCAAAAGCCACAAGAGCGGAUGUCAACUCUGAGCGGCGCUUUGAAAAGUAAUAACUAUGAUUCAGAGCCUCUGCUUCGUUCUUGCGGCAUUUCUAUCAGCAGUAACUUUACACAGGUUGAUGGCCGUGUUUUGCCAACCCCGAAGUUGAAAGCUGGGAAUGGAGAUGAUAUAUAUGCUAGAAAUGGAAGGUGGAACUUCAAUAACAAGAAAUUUGUUAAUCCCAGCAAGGUAGAACGAUGGGCUGUUGCCAACUUUUCAGCUCGCUGUGACGUACGUGGCCUUGUCAGGGAUUUGAUUAAAGUCGGAGAAAUGAAAGGAAUUAGUGUGGAGGCUCCGUUUGAUGUCUUUGAAGAGAACCCACAGUUCAGACGGGCUCCACCGCUUGUUCGGGUAGAAAAGAUGUUUGAAGAAAUUCAGUCAAAACUUCCUGGGGCUCCCAAGUUCCUUCUCUGUUUGCUUCCGGAGAGAAAAAACUGUGACAUAUACGGUCCAUGGAAGCGGAAAAAUCUAGCCGAUUUUGGGGUCGUGACUCAAUGUCUGGCUCCCACCAGAGUUAAUGAUCAGUAUCUGACUAAUCUUCUUUUGAAGAUCAACGCAAAGCUUGGUGGCUUAAAUUCUGUCUUAGCCAUUGAACAAAAUCCAUCUAUUCCAAUGAUAUCCAAGGUUCCAUCCAUAAUUCUUGGGAUGGAUGUGUCACAUGGCUCCCCUGGGCAGUCUGAUAUCCCAUCCAUUGCCGCGGUGAAGUGCUUCCUCUCUCGUGUUUGGUUGAUAUAUACUUUUUAUAUUUUCUACAUUAUCCACUUAUUGCAAGCGCUUUUGUGUUUACAUUUUAAACAGGUAGUCAGCUCGAGGCAAUGGCCAUCGAUCUCUCGUUAUAGAGCUUCUGUUCGCACUCAGUCCCCUAAGGUGGAAAUGAUUGAUUCUUUGUAUAAACGUGUGUCUGACACUGAGGAUGAGGGCAUAAUCAGGGAACUUUUGCUAGAUUUCUAUGUCAGUUCUGGAAAAAGGAAGCCUGAUCAGAUAAUCAUAUUCAGGGAUGGUGUGAGUGAAUCACAGUUUAAUCAAGUUCUCAACAUUGAAUUGAAUCAAAUUAUAGAGGCCUGCAAGUUUCUAGAUGAGAAGUGGUCGCCCAAAUUCGUCGUAAUCAUUGCACAGAAAAAUCACCACACAAAGUUCUUUCAGCCUGGGUCCCCGGACAAUGUGCAGCCAGGGACAAUAAUUGAUAACAAAGUUUGUCAUCCCCGAAACAAUGACUUUUACCUGUGUGCUCAUGCCGGGAUGAUAGGGACGACCCGACCUACUCAUUACCAUGUCCUGUUAGACGAGGUUGGUUUCUCACCAGAUGAUCUACAGGAGCUUGUGCACAACCUUUCUUAUGUUUACCAGAGGAGCACUACUGCUAUAUCUGUCGUUGCUCCUAUCUGCUAUGCUCAUUUGGCUGCUACCCAGUUGGGGCAGUGGAUGAAGUUUGAAGACGCAUCGGAGACAUCGUCCAGCCAUGGGGCGGCACCUGCAGGAGGUGGUCCUCCUGUGCCACAGAUGCCUAAGUUACAGGAGAGUGUGCGUAAUUCCAUGUUUUUCUGUUGAUGCAUAGUUGCCCCAUCUCGGCUUAUGUAUAAAGACCUACUUCGGCCUUAGUUUAUGUCUAGGUUUAUUUAUGACUUCGCUCUAAGUUUAUGUUUUGUGUUCGAUCAUGGACGGUUUUGAACCGGGUAGUCUGCGUGUUUAUAUCCUUGAGCUAGUCACCCAUGAACUAGCUUGGUUUUCAAUUUAGGAUGCUCAUGUUUUCUCGACUCUCCCGUGGGAAUGGCUUGUGGCAGUUUGCCUAGUACUAUUAUGUUGUAAGUACUCUUUAGCAACUGUUUCGAUGUUUUGAAAUCAUGCUCUUGGAAUUUACUUUUCA